AUGGCUAAAGGAUUAGGAAUUGAAAUUAUGAUAACACAUUUUCUUAGGAAAUUUUGUGAUCCAUCACAAUUAGUUUUAAUUAUUAAUUCUAAACCCUAUGAAGAAGAAUUAAUUAAACAAUUAUUAUUAGAGAGUGGUUUAAUUAAAAUUGAAAAUUUACCAAAAUCAAUUACAUCAACUUUUACAAUUAAUGAAAGAGUUGAAUUAUAUAAUCAAGGUGGAUGUUUAUUUAUUACGAGUAGAAUUUUAAUUGUUGAUUUAUUGAAUGAUAAAGUACCAAUUAAACAUGUUAGUGGAAUUGUAGUGUUAAAUGCACAUGAAAUUACUGAUAAAUCAACUGAAUCAUUUAUAUUACGUGUUUUUAGAUUAUCAAAUUCAAUGGAUGCUUUUGUUAAAGCUUUUACUGAAAAUGCUGAAGAAUUAACAAAAGGUUUUUCAAGAAUGGAACAAUUAAUGAGAUUAUUAUUUAUUGAUAGAGUUGAAUUUAAACCACGUUUUGAUUUGGAAGUUUCACAAUCUCUAAUGAAAUAUCAACCAAUUGUAAAGGAAAUUAUUGUACCCAUGUCACAAAAAAUGAGAUUAAUUGAAAAUGCUAUUAUUGAUAUUAUUACAACUGCAAUUAAUUCUUUAAAAAAGAAUAAUCCAUCUGUAUGUUAUUAA